CAGCAAAUCACCGAUCCACAGAAAGAGCUGAAGAUGUCGGCUCGGUCAUGUGAUCAGCUGUGUCCAAUCACAGCUGAUCACAGAUCAUCAGAGCACUGAUGAUCAGUGUGCCCUGAUGAUCUGUGUAGGCCUAGCAGUGCCACCUGUCAGUGCUCAUCCAUGCCACCUGCCAGUGCCCAUCAGUGCUGCCCAUCAGUACCAGUCAGUGCCACCUAUCAGUGCUGCCUUUCAGUGCCCAGUGAUGCCUGUCAAUGCCCAUCAGGUGCCACCUACCAGUGCCUCCUCAUCAGUACCCAUCAGUGCCACCUAUCAGUGUCCAUCAGUGCAGCCUAUCAGUGCCCAUCAUUGCAGCCUCAUAACGCACAUCAGU